UUAAAACGUUGUAUGCGAUCUAGAUUAUAAAUAAGAGUUAACAUUAGAGAACUCCGUAAAAAAAAACCGUCGAGGACCGAAGUUUUAAAUACAUUAUUUGAAGUACAUUAGAAUCCAGAAGUUAAUCAAAAUUGUGGAAAGUAAAUAGUUAUUAAUAUUUUAUUUAGCAACACUGUUAAUUUACAAGACUAAUAGUAGAUCUAGACCUAGAAAUCUAGCUAUGUUUAUGCGCUUUAUUAAAACCACAAGCACAGCUAGGUUAACAUAUUGAAGUUCACGAACUUAUAACCCCUCCGAGUCAACCAAUCAGCGAAUUGCGACUAGAGGGGUAUAACUAUUGAUGUAGUCCUUCGCUGCGCGAGAGACGUUUGUUUGUAAAGUUAUUGUGAAUCAACUUUUGCCGCCAUGACAGGGAUCGUCCGAUACGCUGAAUAAAAUGUUGACUUUGUACUAUAGUGUGAUAUUGUUGUUGCUUCCAACUUAAUGUGUGUGGAAAUUUCAACAUAUUUUCAUGCAGCCUUAUAUGUUUUUCACUUGGACAUUCAUAUUUUUCGGAGAUUGUAAGGUUAAAACAUUCAGCAUCCUUCACGCAUAAUGCAGUGUACAAGGACGUGGCCUGAUCACGUGGUGUUACUGUUAGUGUUAUGUUGUGUAGAAAGUGUGUGGUUUGUGCUUUAGGCUAGUAAAAAUAAGGGACAUUUCAAAUACAUUUGUCGUCUGCAGUAUAAAUAGAAAGUAACAUAAUGUUCUUAGAUUGUAAAUUAUAACAUUCAAACGCUUAGUGUAUCUGAUAUUCGAUAAUCUUUGAAUUGAUUAAACCUUCCGUUCUACUUUUUCCUUGUUGUGUAGAGAACGAGUCACGUGCUUUUUAUAGUCUGAAGGCUUGUCCUAGUUUCAUAAUCGACAGCGUGCUUUUGACAUAUUUCAUGCAAAAUUCAAUGAUUGAAACCAGUCUUAGGCUGGGGAUACCGACGACUAGAUCUAUACUGUGACUCGGCAUUUUGUAAAAUUAAUGCCUGACUAAAAUCAGAAUCAGUUUGCACGGAAUACCCUUUGCAGAUGCAAAUGCGUUUAUGUCGGGCUCGUCAACACUGAGGAUAUGUUUGGCCGCAAUGGCACCAGCGCUGACUGAAGCGGCAUCCGCGCGUCUCAAAAUUCAAGAUCCUACCCAAAAAGACUCGCUGAUUAAAGUUAAUAAUAAAACUAAAGACCUUUCUCUUCCAGUUUUGAAGAGAGAUUUGAACACACUGGGUUUACGGAACAUAUCGACCGAUCUGCGGGUGACACACCUGGCACGGACGAAUAACGAGCAUAACGCAACAAACGGUAUUGGUGACCCCAAGAGGUCAACGUCCAUGAGUAACGGCAGUUCACAAACAUUGCCGCUCUCAUCGAAUGUCAGCAAGUUUUCGAAUAUUAAAGGACUUAGCAUCAAAGUGCCACAUCUUGAUCAUUACUACGCUUCAGAGGAUUUUCAAAGUGUGAGGGACACAAAAUCAGAUCAAUAUAUUGACGAUUUCAAGAUAAUGAAUCAGCCGCAGGUAGCUGCUGACAAGAAUAAAGAAAUCAAAGAUCAGUGUAUCGGAAAUGGUGAUAAAUUUGCCAACAUUUCUAAGAUAAAAGUCUUACCUCCAGUAAUGGUUAAUGGAGAUAAUGAUCUUGAUAGAAGAGAAAAGAGUGAUACUGUAAAUGAUUGUGAUGAGAGUGGGGAUGCACCUGUAAGAAGAGGCCUUCAUUCAAUUUCAGGUAGUCAAGAUAAAGAAAAGCUAAACUCUCCAGUGACAAUGGGAAUGAAUAUGAAACACAAUCAAAUACCUCCUCAGGUAGCUCUUGAAAGUGUGUCCUCUGUAUCUGAAACACAACCUGAAAGUAAAUCCAAAGAAGACAUGAGGAAAGAUUGUAUCAAAAAGCAGUUGUAUUUAGAAAGAAAAGUUGACACAUUGAUAAGAAGGCUAAAAAGAAUGAAAGGAAAAGUAGUUGAAUCUCACACUAAGGAGCAGUUAAGACAUUUUGUUAACUAUCAACACAAAAACCUUCUAAAUGUUGCCAAAGCUAUUAAAAAUGAGGCACCAGUACCUACAGAACUGAAGGAACAUUUCCUCAGUAAUGAAGAGGUGAAAAAUAUGUCCACACCACAACUGGUCAAGCUUGUGAAAACAUGCCAGCCAAAUCGUUUAGCAAUGCAUGAGAAGUCCUCUUCUAAAGCUAGCUGUAUCACAAUCAUGGACUCCUCUGUUAGAAAUACAUCUCUGAACACUUCAGAAAAGCUAAUGCAGAGAGUUCAGACAACAGCAUCAGAGUUGGAUUCGGAUGCUACAGCUAGUAGCUCUGGAGGUGAAAGUGGUGAUGAGGAUUCACUUCAGUCACCUCGACAGCAACCUACAGAUCUCCCCCCAUUAAUAAAAAGAGCUGAGUGGAAAUGGGCAGUGGACCGAGGUGCUGUAGUAUCACGCUGGACAUGGUUGCAAGCUCAAGUUUCUGAUCUUGAGUAUCGUAUUCGACAACAAAGUCAGAUCCACAGGCAACUGAGAAACAGCAAAGGGGGUGUUGUAUUAGGUGAUCCACCAACAGCAACAGAAAUUUUAAGACACAUACAGAGCCUGCAGAAACAUUCUGGAGAAGAAAAAGUAUCAGAGGGGGCUGAGGAAUCUGAGGUCUCGUCAAGUAACGUAUCCUCUAUCAUGUCUAACGUGGAUAAAUUACCUUCAAGGCUAGCCCAGUCCUUAGGGAAAUGUAUGUCACCGUCAUCUGCUGUUGGUAGCCCAUCUUGCUCCUCAAAAAUAUCUUCACCUUUUGCAAAUGGUCUCACUGACUCUCCAUGUAGUACUACAGAUACAGAUACCACAACAGCUGACGAUAGUCCUAUGAUCCCAAAAGAGUUGCGCCUCUCUGGAAAGGCUAGUCAUUUGUUGGAUUCACACCUAGACAGUACAUGUCAAGCAGCAAGAUGUCGUCCUCUACGUAGCUAUCGCAAGAGGAAAAUACUUAGAACUAUGGGGCUUUUUAAAACCAGCCAGAAAGCAGCACGGCUAUCUGACAUUCGUUGUCGCUGCUAUUCUCCAGCCAACCCAUGUACUGUGUGUGGAGGAAGAUAUAACAAUACAUUGACAGUGGACCCUGAUAGCAUGUCUGUAAAAGAAAGAGUUGCCAUCCUUGAUUCCUCAUUCCAUCCAGUGCUUUCAUUCCCACAAGACGUACACUUGCCGAUUCAUUUUGAAGGAUUACUCAAAACUGGGAUGUGGCAGAAUAAGCCACUUUCCCGCAAAUCUAGAGUAGGGGAUUAUAAAAGACAUAAAGUUCUAAACUUAGUGACUGAACCUGUUAAAAAGAAUGGAAACACCAGACAAAAUGGAAGAAACAAUACAUCUGUGAUAAAUUUUUCAGCAAAAAUAAAAAACAAGUAUGAAGGUAAAACAAAAGGAAAUACAACAUCAAAAGGAGCGUCUAUUAAAUCUUGUGUGAAUAAAAAAACAAAAAGAAAAUCUGUUAAAGUUACAAAAGCUAUAAAAAGGCAUCAGUAUGAUCAGGAUAAUGAUGACAUUGAAGCCUUAUUUUUAGAGCAAGAAGCCUCUAUGUCAAGCAACAGAGAGGGUGGUCUAUCCUGCAGUGCUUCACAGUCCUCCCUCAAGGACAUGAGAGAAGGGGGUCAUUCACGUAAAAGGAGGGUGGACAAUUCCUUUGAUAUCAACAAUAUUGUCAUCCCACUCAGUAUGGCAACGACUAUUAGGGUGGAACAGCCACAGUAUAAGGAAAUUGUCACACCUAAGUGGCGAGAAAUCCCUAAGUCUUUAGCACAGAUUGAAUCAACUGAAAUUACGCAAAAAUUAGAAAAAACAAAUGGGGUUUCAAUACCUGUUGAAAGACACAAAGUUGAAGUUUCUUCUGAUGAAGAGCCUGAAGAAGAUCUCUCUGAUGAGAAGUUUGCAGCCAGACAUAUGGUUCUGGAGCAAGAGGAGAAGAAACGUUUCCGCAACUUUGUUCAGUACCCUCCACUAAGGAGAAAUAGGACCAGUCUGCCUAGCACAUCUAGUCUGGAAGAGUCUUUGGAUAAUAUCCAGAUGCUGACUGCUCGAAGGAGAACCAUUUCUUUCUCCAAACGAGAGCGGAGUGGAUCUGUGUUGGAAGACAUUCACAAUUCACUUAUUGAAUGUAAUGGGGUAGAACCCUGGCCAAGGAGGACUUUCCCUUUAUCAGAGGAUGAGUUUGAACUAAUGAGUGAGGAACUGCCUCCCAGCUGUGAGCCAGUUCACAGGCGAGUUGCCAGGCGACUUGCAGAGCCCUCUGGAAAAGUAUAUGUUGGGAAUUCAGUGGACAACCAGGAGGACCCCAGUGCUGCGCCUUCUCCUCACCCUAGUAAUGAAUCUGUCUCGUCACUUGGGGAGGAUCCUAAUGACCCUGAGUGGAUUGGGGUUGAAGUGUCUAAGCGUUGUAAGAUAAGAAAGGCACUAAAUGACGACUCAAAUGACCCUGAGUGGACAGGGUCUGACACACCGAGGAAAAAUAAAAACAAAAGAUGAGGCAUUGAACCGAGAAGCCAUAAAAUGGUUGAAAUGUCAUAAUGGAUUAUCCCAAUCCAUAAAGUCCUGCUAUGGGCCUGUGAGCUGGAGCUCAUUGUAAGCACAGAGGAUUAAAUCAUUUUCUAUUGAUGGCCACCACAGAUAAAGCCUUACAAGUUCGUUUUCUAAGGAGUAAUUUAAUUUUUAACAGAAUUUUAACAAAUUUAACUAGACAAUUAUCAGGAUUGUAAUUGGUAAAAUUUACUUUUAGUAUACUGUGUUUAUUUAACUUGUAAACGGUGUUAGUGUUAACUACAUUAUUUUUAAUUUUAAGAAAACGUUUUUGAAAGAAAUUAGGAGCUUUAUUAUAAAAUAUACAGGCGUUGUUAAAUUGUGUAUCUUUAUAAUUUCUCAGAUAGUUUUAAUUGGCUUUAUUUGAUUUUUGGUAUCUGUAUCAAAAUAUAUCCUGAAACCCUCUUUACUCAGAAGCAAGCCAUCAGUUACACUAAACCUAUUGAACUCGAUUCUGCUGUUUCUUACUAAGGUGUAUCUUUUCCCAAAUGGACAUUUGUACACUCAGUAAAUAAUGAGUUUAUUAUGUCAGGUACAUCUGUAUGAAUAGUGGAUUUAAAGUUUAACUGUAAUCCCUUUAAGCCAUUGUUCGAUAACAAAAUGAACCAUGUUUUUCACUAAAAACAUAAACAGCAUACUUGUGUUUCAAAAGUUGAAUCAAAACAUGAAUAAAUUUUAAAUCCAUGUAUUAUUAUAUUCGCUACUACAGUAGUUUAAUAAACUAAGCCACUUAUCAUUACAAAUUAUUACAUAUAAUAGCCUUUUCUGCCAAUCUAGACAGUUUACAUCCAUGAGCAUAGGAGACACCAGUUAUACAUUAUAUGCUUGUGUUGAGAAAUUUUUCUAAAAAUCUGUUCAUUCACUAUAAACCCAAAAACAAAUACCUUUUGUAAUGUUUGGUAGAAAUUUUAGGUAUUUUUAGAUGGUAAAGGUGUUCAGAAACAUCUCAAAUAUCAGCAACCAGUAACUUGUUUAAUCCAAUGGCUGCCCAUGAAAGCAGGCCUAAAAUAAUGUAAUUCAGUAACCUUUUAAAAACAUUUUGCCAGUAACGUGGAACUGGAGCGUAAUGAUUUUCUGUGUUCCUGUGCAAAUUGUAUAAAUGUGUAUAUUAGUGAAUUAAUUACUGAUAUUUCAUGUAGACUACUUAAUGCAUUUUAAAUGUUUACUAUAAAUCGUGUGGCAUUGAAAUGUAUUUUUGAUCCUCUGUGCGUGAAAAAAACAAAUACUUGCAGGUGCCAGUUUUCAAGCAGUACAAAAAAAAUAGCUUUUGAUUGCAUUGUUGCUGUAUAUACACAAUCUAUGAACGCUUUCAAAUUCUGCCAUUUACUAUAAAAAGUACUUGUUAAUGUGCAUAGUGUUUGUAAACCUGAAGUUUGAUGCCAUUUCUAAGUUUUUGACAGACACACCACACCAGUCUCGGUGGUUCCCCAAAUUGCUGUACCAGUUAUACCUCUCUACAUUGCUUGCAUUCACUUUUAACAUAAGCAAGUCCCUUUACAGUGCCAUGUUAUAAAAAGUAGUUAGAUCAAAGCAAAAGCAUUUAAUUUUAAAAAUGUUACUUGUUUACAAUGCCAUUAUCGGACGUAUUUGUGGCAUUAGUAGAUUCUCUUUUAGAUUUUUAAAUAAAUAGCAUCUUGUAAAUUUUCUAGUGAAUUUUUUUUAUGGCUAUUCAUUUUUAGCUUCAAGCUUUUUUUGUAUGAGUUGAGAAAGUUUUAUUUCACAUCAUUUAGUGUUAAAUUAUGUGUCAGUAUCUACCUUGAAGUGAAUACAUUCCAUCUCUUGUUAAAAACUGCUUACUGGUAGAUGUCAAUCUCUUUAUCACAAUACUAGUUCUGAAAAUACGGCCAUACUUUUAACAUCAGUACAAAUGGCUUCAAAUAUUUAGAAAAUUAAUGGGAUGUCCAAGUAAGUCAGAUUUUAAAAAUAACUUAGCAAGUGUAAAUAUUUUCACUCCCAUAAAAAAAAUUGUUUUCACCUUCUGUGAUUUAAAAAAAUGUAUUUUGUUUAAGAUUUGAUGUUAAUCAUUUUAAUAUUUCAUAAUCACUCACAUUUUUAUACCCAGUGUAAAUAGCUCCAAUCUCCAAAUGUCCUUGUGUCUUGAAUCAUUCUAAGACUUAGUGUUUGGUGUUUUGGGGUAAUCCAUCAUGUACAUUUUGUGUAGUCAGCUUGAAAUAUGUGGUGUUUUGAUGCUUGUACUUGUAUCUGAAAGUUUUUUUAAUCUUUCAAAAUUUGCAGGGGAUAUUUUUCUGAUUUAAGACCUUGCUUUAGUCUUUUUAAAAGAAUGAUUAUCUAGUGAUAUGCAAAUGUGUUGAAAACUGUUGACCAUGAUGUAUGAUUUUUGUAGCUGUUGGUGUUUAAAUGUUUACCUUCAUUACACUAUUGUUCAUUCUUUAUAUUAUCAUGAUGCAAAUGUUGUCCAAAUUGUUUGCCAGUUACAAAAUUGUUCUUUCAUAGGGAAAGUAAAAAAGGAAAAAACAUAAAUAAAAAAUGAAUAAGCUGCCCAAGUUUUUUUGUUUUUAUUAUGGCUUUGAGAAUCUAACAACAAUUUUAGUUUAUACAUCUAAAGGACAAGGUGCUGCUACAGGAAGGUCCACAUUUUAACAAACAUUGAAACAUUUAUGAUAAAAUAACAUGGAAUGUUUCAUUAACAAAGAAAGAAAUACAUAAAAAAUAUCACAGCUAGAUAAUAAAUUGUACAGUAGCAUUUCUUUUUACUUUUGCAUCAAUGUGUUGAGGUGGGAAUGGAUUCAUCUAUGUCAACACCCUCUAUAAGGCAACUACAAUAGAUUUUGAAGAGAAACAUUUUGGGGAUUUAAAUUAACACCCAAUC